GCGAUCCGCACUAACGUUGUACAGUAAGAACUACUAGUACAGGUGAAGCCAUCAGAGCAACACGGGGAGAUCGAUGACAAUGAGGCCGCUCGUCCUUCUUGCCCUGGCCGCCGUGCUCGCAGCCGGUAUCGGCAGCGCUGAGGGAGCUGGCGAGUGCGCGAGGGCCAUCGCCAGGGUCCCGCAACUGGCUCGGUGCGCCCCGGCGGGGCGCAACCCGCAGUCCGCGCCGACGGCCAUCUGCUGCGUGGCGGUGCGCAAGGUCAGCAUGGCGAGCCCCGAUUGCGUGUGCGCCGUCUUCCUGAACGACGCCUUCAAACUGUUGGGAGUGAAGCCUGAGGUCGCACUCACGAUCCCCAAGCGCUGUGGCAUAGCCGACUGCGGAGAUAACACGUUUCCUUGAUGGCCUACCUAUCAAAAUUGCACGACGUACGUGCGUGGAAGGCUUUGUGUGAGAAUAAAAAACGAGUCAUGCGCAUGAAUGGAAUUGGCGGCGGAUGUUAGUCGUUGGCCUGCUCUGUUCCAUCCUUAUUCAAACUUGUAACAAUGGAUAUCUUUUAUAUAUUGCAUCUUUCCA